AUUGAAUGAAGAUAAAUAAUUUGAAAAAUGGGGAAGUUUGAAAGUUCGCGCGGAUCGUAACGCUCAUGCGCAAACAGUUCGAUGAACGACGUGACACUAGCUAUGACGGUGAGUGAAUUUAGUCACGCCCGUGUCGUAGUUGAAUAAACAUGGCGUCGUGGAGAAUAUCGAGUUCUGUUUAGUGAUUAAGUGUUCGAGAUUUGUGCAGUGCAACCACUUUCGAAUUACCAUAGCAUCUUGUCAUCACGUUAACAUAUUCCCGAGGAUGUUACCCGACUACGGUUAAAAUUUCAUUGAGAGUCUAACGCCAAAGUUACAGAAAUGUCGAAGAAGAAUAAGAAACGGAAGUUGGAGGAAGAGGAACAGUCGAUGGUUGACUGGGAACAGGAGAAUAUUUUUCCAGAGGAAAUAAGAAACGAAAUGGAAUCCAUGUGGGAGAUUCCGCAGAUAUUCCAUUUCCUUCAUCUAGCAAAAGAAGCUCUGAACAUACCUCACUUGUCCAUGUACGAGAUGGAACGUAUGCUUUUGAUACCUAGAGCUUCCAAACAGCUAGCAAACAUCAUGACAUCAUUGUUGAGUUCUCCUAUGACCAAAGCAAAGUUAAGGAAAAUACCACCGAUGCCAUAUGAAUUCUGGACAAACAUUCUUGCGUACAAGAUGAAGAGCUGGUUCAAAAUGUACGAAGCUAAACAUCAGAAUGCGGUAAAGAUUCUAGAAACUAUCGGUGUGGAGCCGGAAUUCUGGAAUAUCUUCCCUGACGCUCCUCUGCUAAAUGGCAAGGAUUUUGAGGAGUUAACUUUCAAACAGAAAGUUUGGCUUUUAAAAACCGUCUGUGAUACAGUCAUGCACUCUAGAAAAACUGUGCAAGAAGAGGUAGCUAAACAACCAAUGGAAGAUCAGUUUGAAACCGUUCUAGGUACCGAUCGUUAUGGUGCAAGAUAUAUUUACUUUCCACAAUUUCUUAAAAGUGAUCUGAGAGUUUAUAGACAUUGUCUCGAUAAUAAAAUAUUAUCCACAGUGAAGCCAAUCAAACCAAAACAAAAGACGGAAUUAGAAAACAAAGUAUUAGUUUCAAAUGAAUUAAUAAAAAAGAAGACCAAACAUAGAAAAAGAAAAUCCCGAUGGAGUAACGGAUUGCCUCCGAAAUCGAGGAGAAAGACAAGUAAAUCUGAUGAAAAACAUCUGAACGACUGCAAGUGCAGUAGCGAUAGUGCAAUAGGCUCGUUGACAAACGAAGACACGAAUUUUAGUAGUACAAGCACCUGUAGUAAUAACAAUAAUAGCAAUAGUAAUAAUAAUAACAGUAAUAACACUAAUAGUAGUAGUAGUAAUAAUAAUAAUAGUAGUAGUAGUAGUAGUAGUAGUAGUAAUAAUAAUAAUAAAAAUAAUAAUAAUAAUAAUAUUAACUUAGAUCUAACUAUCAACAUGGAGAGAUCGAGAAGUUCGUCGAAAUGUUCGGAAAUAAGCACUGCAUCUGAUAAAACAUGUUGUAAAAGUACAAACUCGAAUGGUUAUGAUACGAAUAAUUCUAUUCGGGGUCUUCCCGGUAAGAGAUCAUCCCAAAAAAUGUUUAAGGGAUUUUCUAAUAAUAGUAAUAACAUUAAAUAUAAUAUAGACAUAAUCAACGGACUUUUGAACGACCUAAAAUCGGGAACUAGCGAAGAGAAAAGCGCAGAAGACAACGGCAUGUCUUUGACACACGUUUCGCAAGAUAAAUUGAAGUUAAAUUCAACGAAGCAGCAAUAUUUAGAUGCAAUGGAUCUACAUAUAAAUAGGAACGAUUCUGUUGAAAGAACUAUUGACAACUUAUCUAGUAUCUCCAAAACAGAUGAUGAAAAGCUAAAUGAAAUUAUCAGUGGAGAAAACUUGAAACUAAAUGAUAAAAGUUCAAACAACAUUUGUGAUGUUAGAGAGACGCGUCGAAUAUCUAUUACGUCGAAAUCCGACGAUGAAAAAUUAAGUGAGACGAGAACACACGUUUUUAAGCAAGAAGAUGAUGCUAGCCUUUCCGAAGAAAAAAUGGAAACUAGAAUUACUAGACGGAAUGGAAGAUUUAUUAAAGAACAAAAAUUGAGUAACGAACAGUUGGACCAGACAUGUAAAGAUGAAACAGUAUCUAACGAUAAAGAUCUUUCUCUGAGCGAAUUAAGAAGUAUGUUACAAAAGGAAGCGAUGGACGAUGAUUUCUCUUUUGACGAGAACAGCGAGGUUAAAUACAAUCUUAGGAAAUCGAGGCAUUCAAAAUUAGAAAGAUGGAAACAAAGAACAGAGAAUUUCAAUGCGAUGCUUUCGGAACUUAGCGUUUCAAAAUUUCAACUAGUAGCUGACAGUGUUAGUUCAUUAAGAGACCUUAUUUCUACGUUUUCAAAAAAUAGCAAUCCAAGUAUUGAUACUGACGGCGAAACUGAACUAAUACCACCAUGUGAAAUAAAAUUAGUCAAAAGAAUGACAGAGUUAUUAUCUUCUUUGGAAGAAAUUGAACCAGCUUUGCGAGACUCGACGAAGAGAGCUAGAGGAAAGCUUCAAAAGGAAUGGACUAACUUUAAAGAAGGCAGUGCGGAGGAUCAGGACUCAUCUGGGGAGGGUCUCGGCUCUAAUUGGUGGGUUGUUGGAUCGCAGGGCUGUCAGUUGCCAAAUUCCGGAGACGCAACGUUACAAACGUUACCGCAAUCUACCAUAUCCUCAGCUAGCUUCCAAAACGUCCCCAACGAAGAGGAAAGCAUUAGUAACGCAGAACGUAGUAAAAACGUCGAUCCAGAGUGCAAAGAAUCUCAAUAUGAAAGUUCACAAAACCAAACACAAAGAGAACAGUCUGAAAGAAACAAAAGCAACGGUCAAGAAAACGCAGGAACUGAGGAAGAGACGAAGGAAGAUUCAAGCGAAGAAGAACAACAAACGCGAAGAGUAUUGCGAGCCCGAGGCAUUUCAUCAUACACAGAACAACUUUAUUCAGAUGACGACAUCGAGGAGAACGAGCUGGAAGAAUGGACCGACGUUGAGGCCGUGUAUGCGGCUCCCAGCGCACAGACAGGUUCAUCCACUUCAUACCUUACUCCGAAAGUCAGACACGCUAAUGAUCGGGCGAACGAAGAGGAGGACUCAGACCAAGAUUGGAUUCUACCAAGCUCUCGCAAACGGAAAAAUAAACGUCCGUCUGCCAAUCGAAGAUUGAAGUCUUUUCAACACAAAUUACAAAGUAUCAAAAUUGAUGCUCUCCAAGACGCGGCAGAAUCAAAAUUAACUCCUCCUCACAAGAUUAGUAAUGAAAAGGAAAGUCCUAAAAUCAAAGAAAUCCAAAUAUGCAAACCAAAGAUACCGACGAACUCAGAACCUUCUAACAGCAACAGUACGAUAGAGAACCAGGAGGCUGUAGUAGUAAAUAAUUCUAAAGAACCAGUGCUUUUCACGGGAGUAAAUUGCAAAGUAGAAAAUGUCGUGAGCGUGCAUUCUGAACUGGACAUCAAAGACGAAGGCCCUAUUUACGAUUCUGCGCCGAGCUUUGAUAGCAGUUACACGGUUAAUUCUAACUAUGUAAUGCUGAAGACUGAGCCGAAUCCAAUGAAUUAUUAUGUGAUGCAACCAAAUUCUGCAACCGUCGUUCCACAAAAUGCGAUCGUGCAGUCUGGUCCGAUGGUCUCGAGUAUCAUACCUCCAAUUCAGCAAGGUUAUUACGUACAAGGGGCACAAAAUUAUAUUAUCCAGAAUCCACAGAAUAAUUUCGUACCUUCUCAUCCAUUUCAACCCCAAGGACCGCAAAUGAUAGCACCGCAGCAGUUUAUCAAUCAUUCCAGUUAUGUACCUUACAUGGUAACGACAACUCAACCUCAAUCUCAAUAUAUAGCUACAACAAAUCAACAGAUUAUUUCGCAGAAUGUUCCUGAGAAUCCUACGUUUCCAGUUCAUUCUAAUUCCACUUCAGUAACUAAGUCUUCGCAAAAUAGGUAUCUUGCAUCGAAACAGAAUUAUCCACAUCUUAAUGGAGCUGUUACGAAAAGUAAUACACCUGUAAGAGGAAACGCGGCUCGACCCAGGGUCGUGAAAAACGUUCAGCGCACUCCUAACACAUCUGUUAAAAUGUUGAAACCGAGAAAAUCAAACACACCUCCGGUAAACACCGGUCAAAAAACCACUUCUUUAAUCGUUCUUAGCGACAGCGACGAUGAAAUUGAGAUGAUCAUUACAGAAAAAACCAGUCCUGAGACUGAAGCGGAAAAGGCAAAGACUAUACCUAAGAAAAACACCGUGCAGACUAGGCAAAAGCCAACAGUUACAUCGGACGUCACAGUAAUGAAAAGCAGAAUUCCUCCACAAAUACUUCAACGUAUGAAUCAAGGAGGGAUCUCUAUAACACCUGUCAAAUCUACACCACCAGCUCAGAAUACCAAUACGCAGUUGGUAGUAGUCGUGAACGAAACUGGAAGCCAUUAUGCCUUAGCACUACCAAACGGAAGCAAAUUAAUUUUGACUCCUGAGCAGGUCGCACAGAUUCGAGCUUCAAAUGGUGGAAAGCUAAUUUUAUAAAAUAUAAUUCUAACUGAAUUGAAGAUAAUGAAGAACUUAAAACGGAACUUUAAAAACGGAUAGAAUUGAAAUAUAUUGAAGUAUAUUGCGAUCUCUGGUUCACGUACCAUAUGUAUUUGAAGUUAAUGUUCCUACAAUAUACAACAGAGAUUUGUACGAUAAUUCUUGGAACAUUCGGAAUCGAUUUGUACAAUUUGUAGAACGACGUACUAUUUUAAGUAACAUAACAAAACUGCGUUUGAAAUGUUGCGUUGAAUGAAUUUAUUCUUGAAUCAUUUGAUCUUGUGUUUGUUAAGAUUCUCUGCAUAAGUAAUUUUCUGCAUUUGUCUAUUUAAAUGAAAA